AUGGCUACUAGCUCAGACAAAUCAACUGCAAGCUCAAGUGAAGCAGAGAAAAACGUAGAGGAUGUCGUCGAGCAACUCAGACGGGCUCUAAAAGAGAAACGUUACGAACAAGCUACUCCCUUGCUGCAGUAUUUGAUGGCAGAAGAUAACGGUAAGGCAUUGGAAAUCGCAAAGAACGACAAAUUUCACUUUAACCAGAAGAACGACAAAUUUCGCUUUAACCAGCCGAAAGGUAUAAAGGGGUCUUUUCUUCAUUAUGCUGUAAAGGGUAAUCAUGUUGAUGUGGUGAGAUUUCUCAUUGAGGAGUGUGAGUGUGAUCCAUCAACUAGUGAUGAAAGGGGAUUUGAUAAUUCUUAUGCUAUUGCAGUUGAGUAUGAAUCAAUUGAUGUAUUGAAAUAUUUAUUCAACUGUCACAGAUCUACUUGUGGCUUAUUGAGGGGUUCUGUCUGCUCAAUUAUUUUUUCUAAAGCUGUUAGACAUAUUAAUAGUUUAAAGUGUCUCAUUAAUGAUUGCAACGUUGAUCCAAUGGUGCGUCAUGGAAAAGUUGGGUCUUUACUGAAUCAUGCAGUUCUUUACGAUUCAAUGGAGGCACUAAAGUAUUUAAUCAAUGAGUGUAACUGCGAUCCAAUGGCUAAGUCUGAUAUAUGGGGAAGUACAAUUCUUCACUGUGCUGCACGUCGUGACAAAUCAGAAGCUGUUGAGUUUUUAUUAUCAACUGAAAUGUUGGAGGGGUAG